AUGGAUGACGGCUACCGAGACCGGACGGCCUUUAUCAAAGGCGCCAAGGACAUUGCCAAAGAGGUCAAGCGACAGGCGGGUAAAAAGGUGGGCCGCCACGUGGACAAAAUGGCCGACGAGUACACCAAGCGUUCUUACACCCGCUUCGAAGAGGAUGACGACGAUGACGAUUACCCCGUGCAGGCGCAGGACGGCAGCUAUUACCGUAGCAACAGCAGGGCCAACGACGACGAGGGGGCCCACAGCGACUCUACCGAAGGCCACGACGAGGACGACGAAAUCUACGAGGGCGAAUACCAGGGCAUCCCUCGGGCCGACUCGAUGGGCAAGGCCGAUGGACAGGUGGGGGGCGUGGCCCAGUCACAGUUCCGGGACUUGGCGCAGUACGAGGGCGAGCGGAGGAAGGACCAGGAGGAACUAGCCCAGCAGUACGAGACCAUCCUGCAAGAGUGCGGCCACGGGCGCUUCCAGUGGACGCUCUAUUUUGUGCUGGGCCUGGCUCUCAUGGCUGACGGUGUCGAGAUCUUCGUGGUGGGGUUCGUCCUCCCCAGUGCCGAGAAAGACAUGUGUCUGUCCGAGCCCAACAAGGGCAUGCUGGGUCUCAUUGUGUACCUUGGGAUGAUGGUUGGUGCCUUUGUAUGGGGUGGUCUGGCUGACCGGAUUGGACGCAGACAGUGUCUGCUUAUCUCUCUCUCCAUCAACAGUGUCUUUGCCUUCUUUUCCUCCUUUGUUCAAGGAUACAGCUCCUUCCUGUUCUGUCGCCUGCUGUCUGGUGUGGGAAUUGGUGGUUCCAUCCCUAUAGUGUUCUCAUACUACUCAGAGUUCCUUGCCCAGGAGAAGCGUGGUGAACACUUGAGCUGGCUCUGUAUGUUCUGGAUGAUAGGUGGCAUCUACGCCUCCGCAAUGGCCUGGGCCAUCAUCCCUCACUAUGGCUGGAGCUUUCAGAUGGGUUCGGCUUACCAGUUUCACAGCUGGCGAGUGUUUGUCCUCGUAUGCGCGUUCCCCUCCGUGGCCGCCAUCGCAGCCCUUACCACCAUGCCAGAGAGCCCCCGUUUCUUCCUGGAAAAUGGGAAGCAUGAUGAAGCUUGGAUGAUCCUGAAACAAGUUCAUGACACCAACAUGAGGGCCAAGGGUUACCCUGAGAGGGUCUUCUCUGUCACUACCAUUAAGACGGUGAAGCAGAUGGAUGAACUGGUAGACAUGGGUGGAGAAGCCACUGCCUGGCACCAACGCUGGAAGAUUAAGCUUACCAACCUCUUCCACCAGGUGUGGAGCAACUUCCUUACCGUCUUUAGCCCUGAGUACCGCCGCACCACUUACAUGAUGAUGGCUGUGUGGUUCUCUAUGUCUUUCAGCUACUAUGGUUUGACAGUUUGGUUCCCCGACAUGAUCAAGUAUCUUCAAAAGCAGGAGUAUUCCUCUCGUACCAAGGUCUUCAUAAAGGAGAAAGUGGAGCAUGUCACCUUCAACUUCACCCUGGAGAACCAAAUUCACCGCAAUGGAGAGUACUUCAACAACAAGUUUUUAAAUCUGAAGAUGAAAUCAAUGGUAUUUGAGGAUUCCUUGUUUGAGGAAUGUUAUUUUGAGGAUAUCACAUCCAGCAACACAUUCUUCAAAAACUGCACUUUCAUUUCUACCCUCUUCUACAACACAGAUCUGUUCAAGUACAGACUCAUCAACAGCCGUCUCAUCAAUAGCACUUUCCUCCACAACAAAGAGGGCUGUAUGCUGGACUUCAGCGAUGAGAACAAUGCCUACAUGAUAUAUUUUGUCAGCUUCUUGGGCACGCUGGCCGUCCUUCCUGGGAACAUUGUGUCCGCUCUGCUCAUGGACAAGAUUGGACGCCUGAGGAUGCUUGCGGGCUCUAGUGUCAUCUCCUGUGUCAGCUGUUUCUUCCUGUCGUUUGGGAGUAGUGAAUCGGCCAUGAUUGCCCUGCUCUGUCUUUUUGGGGGCAUUAGCAUUGCUUCGUGGAACGCUCUAGAUGUGCUCACGGUGGAGCUGUACCCCUCUGAUAAGAGAACAACAGCUUUUGGAUUUCUGAAUGCUCUGUGCAAGCUCGCUGCUGUACUGGGCAUCAGCAUCUUCCAGUCUUUCGUGGGCAUUACCAAAGCCGUGCCCAUCCUCUUUGCCUCGGGAGCGCUAGCCGCUGGCAGUUUCCUGGCGCUCAAGCUCCCCGAGACACGUGGCCAAGUACUAAAAUAG